CCUGCCCGGGCUGUAAUAAGGAGGGGGCAGUCACACAUGGCAGCAGGCUGGUGGCAGCUGCACUGAGACACACACACAGCUGGGAAGAGCAGCAUGCAGCAGGAAGGCGCUGCCCCCGGCUCCCCCAUAGCUCCGCUCCGAGGCUGACUCUGGAGGGAACGGCGCUGCUGCAAUGAGGGGCAGCGACGGCAGCAACACCGGGAGGGGGCGGAGAGUAUGUAUGACCAACUGCCCCACUCUCAUUGUGAUGGUGGGUCUCCCGGCCCGAGGCAAGACUUACAUCUCCAAGAAAUUGACCCGCUAUCUGAACUGGAUUGGGGUUCCAACCAAAGAAUUUAAUGUCGGGCAGUACCGCAGGGAUCUUGUCAAGUCUUUCAGGUCCUUUGAGUUCUUCCUACCAGAUAAUGAAGAAGGCCAGAAAAUACGGAAACAAUGUGCCUUACUGGCUUUAAAUGAUGUCAAGAAAUAUCUGGCAGAGGAAGGUGGACAUGUAGCAGUUUUUGAUGCAACAAACACAACCCGCGAGCGACGGGAAACCAUCCUUAAGUUUGCUGAUCAGCAUGGCUUCAAAACUUUCUUUGUGGAAUCUGUGUGCGUGGAUCCGGAGGUUAUCGCUGAGAACGUUGUGCAAGUGAAGUUGGGCAGCCCAGACUAUCUGAACUGCACCGGUGAGGAGGCCGCAGAGGAUUUCAUGAAGAGGAUAGAGUGCUACAAGAAUUCCUAUGAGACGCUGGAUGAGAACCUUGACAAGGAGGUGUCGUACAUUAAGAUCAUGGAUGUUGGCUGUAGAUAUCUAGUUAACCGAGUUGUGGAUCAUAUCCAGAGCCGGAUUGUUUACUACCUCAUGAAUAUCCAUGUGACCCCACGAUCCAUCUACAUGUGUCGACAUGGGGAGAGCGAUCUGAAUGUGGAGGGGCGCAUUGGAGGAGAUUCUGGCCUGUCUAAUCGAGGAAAGGAGUUUGCAAAGUGCUUGGCUGAGUACAUCCACGAGCAGAACAUCCAUGAUCUGAAAGUGUGGACGAGUCAGAUGAAGAGGACUAUACAGACCGCAGAAGCUCUUGGAGUCCCGUACGAGCAGUGGAAGACCCUGAAUGAGAUUGAUGCUGGCGUGUGUGAAGAGAUGCGGUAUGAAGAAAUUCAGGAAUCCUUUCCUCUGGAGUUUGCUCUGCGUGACCAAGAUAAAUACAGAUACCGUUAUCCAAAGGGAGAGUCUUAUGAGGACUUGGUGCAGCGUCUUGAGCCAGUCAUUAUGGAGCUGGAACGGCAGGAGAACGUGAUGGUUAUCUGCCAUCAAGCAGUCAUGCGAUGCCUGCUGGCCUAUUUCUUGGACAAAACUGCAGAUGUACUGCCUUACCUCAAGUGCCCCCUACACACUGUCCUGAAGCUUACCCCUGUAGCUUACGGUUGUAAAGUGGAAGCCGUCUGUCUAAAUGUGGAUGCAGUAAACACGCACAGGGAUAAACCCGAGAACGUAGAUAUAUCCCGCUCGCCCGAGGCAGCCCUGAUAACUGUGCCUGACCACCGUGGACCCAAUAAUGAAUGUUGAUGUUGAUCGCUCCAAUGAAGAAGCGCUGAAGACAGUACCGAACCAUCUUUAGCCAUAUCCUCCAUUUCUUAUUACAGUGCAGUACCCUCUGGCAGCUGGUGGGGUUAAAGCAUAUAACCUCUAUAGUCAUUGCUGCUGUUUAGCAAUGUUACUACAGGCACCGUUUUAGUGUUCAGGUGGUAUAUAUGUUUUUGUUUUUUUUAUAGUCACAAAUAUUGUGAUCGGUUUAAGCACUCCUUUUUAUAUAUCGGGAAACAUAUAUUGAUGUCGUUUUCAUAGCUUUGUUUGGCCAUUUCAAUGCAUUUUCCUCUCUCAAACUAUGGAAGCUAUGCCAUCUCGCCACAUCCAGGUUAAAGGGAGUCUGUCUCCAAAUUUUCACCCAUUAAACUAUCAGCAAUGGCCAGCAGAACGUUGCCCAAGCAUGCUAGACAUACCUUCUGUUGUUUCUGUCUGUAGUGAAUGUCCUGGAAAAGCAGUUUUAAUAGUAUGAGACAAUAGAUGUAAAGUGUUUUACUUUUCAAAGUGCCCAUGCCGUCAACCCGUCCCCGUGCUGUGUUCCACUCUGAUGCAACCCUUCCUUGCUGCUUGCUCCUCCUGUAAGCUGUGCCUCUCAUCCUCCCCCUCUCCCCUGAUGUCAAGGAGAUGCUUUGGCAAACCUUGCUGCGCUUCUGUCUUCUGCAUAGAACAUUCCCUCUAGUGGGGAGUUGCCUAAGGGAAUUGCCUGCACAAGACUUUCCGAAGCACCUCCCUGACAUCAGGGGAGAGGGGGAGGAUGCCAGGAACAGCUUACUGGAGGAGCAAGCAGUGGAGAAGCACUGCAUCAGAGGGACUUUGGUGGAGAGGGGAGGAAACUAUUGCAGCUUAGGGGAGGUACACAGCGCGGAGAUGGGCAGCAGGCUUUGGCAAAAAUUGGAGUCCUUUUUCCAUACAAUUAAAACUGCUUUUAUAGGACAUUCACUAGAGACAAACAGAGUAAAAAUUUGGUAACAGACUCCCUUUAAAGGGGUUAUCCAACUGCCUAUAAUGACCCUCCCCCUCCCCAGUGCCCCUCAUAUAGGUUUAUACCUACCUUGCUCCCUGCACAGGCGCCGCUGCAUCUUCCUCAGGCAGAUAUCACCCGCUAUGCUAUUGGCGACACACACCCCCACAUGUCGCCAGUUGUUUUGAUCUGUGCAAUGGGGCGAUGCAUUGGCUGCAAUACGGCGAUCAGAAGUGACGCUGGUGCUGGGGAGCAGGGUAAGUAUAAUCUAUAUAAGGUGCCAGGGCAUUGGGGGUGUCAUUAUAGGGGUUGGAUAACUCCUUUUAAGAGCACAAGCAACCUAUGAAUUUCUUCUGCCACCAGCGAAUCACCAGUGGAGUGCUGCUAUUCUGCCACCAGAGGGCAGACACUUCACAUUCACUGUGCAACUGCAGGCUAUAUGAAGUGUUGUUUCUGAAGCUCUCAUUUAUGUUGCACUAUACCAGGGGUCAGCAACCUUUGGCACACCAGAUUUUGUGAAACUCCCAGCAUGCACAGUUGCUCAGCUCUUGGAAUUCCAAUAGAAGUGAAUGGAGCAUGCUCGGAGUUGUUGUUUCCCAAUGGCUGGAGGUUGCUGAUCCCUGCACAAUACUGUGCCAUGCAGAGCGUUUGGUGUUCACAGGAAAAUUGCAUUGCCUUGUUAGUUUAAGCCAUCUGAUACCUAAAUGAAGGCAUGCAGCAGAGGUAGGGUGCUUGGACCUCUUGUGAUGGGCAUUUUGGAUGAUGAGCUCUACUUUCUGCCAUAAUUACGAUUAUGGUAGCUUUAUAUAAAAGGAAAAAUCCAACUGUAUGAGUUAAUAUUUUGUUUUAUAUAGUUCUUUUACCCAUCCUGGUUUGUCAGACUGACAUAUGGAGUUGCAAUCAUUGCAGUGUAACACAAGCUUUCUUGUAACCCCUUUUAAUUGCAUUGCCGAAAAUGGUUACUAGAAUUACAGGUCAUUGCGUGUAAAGCACAAGAAGGGUUUGCAGAAAGCAUUUG